AUGAAGAGAGCGAACCCCAAAGCGAGGCUCAUUCGAGAGAAGCAAGCGUUGAGGAAGGCAGGGGGAGAUCUACGCCUGGCACGGACUAGCUUCACCGAUCAGAUAGAGGCUCAGGCCAAGGCUCUCUGUCGCACUUUUUGCGAAGCUGUCCAUCAACGACUACCGCAGGAACUACGCGACAUCGUUGCUCGGCAUCUUUUGACCGAAAGCUCUGUCACUUUCCUCUCCAGCAAGGACGACAGUAUCUCUUUUGUCAACGGCCUUUCGAGUCUGCGACACGCUUUCAGGGAGGAAUACACUGGUAUCGGACUACACAUGGACAUCAUACGUGAGCUGAUAAAUCAAGACGCCCGUUUAGAUUUUCGCGCUCGAUACGAGCUACUGGGCAAGGUUUUCGAGCACUACGCGGCCGACGAGCGCGGUGGCCUCGAUCUUACUUCCAAGAUAGGAAGAUUAAGUCUGUUGGUGACAGAGCAUCAUUUGAAAAACCGUGAGGUUGUUAUCACCCGCCUCGAAGAACUGUGCAGACUCAGCAAAGGCGCCAAAAUUUUCUUUAUCGUCGAGACCGGUCACGGUACGAAGGCUCAAACCAUCCGCCGAGUGCGACGCGUUCUGCGUGUUCUCUUCAAGCUGCUCAGACGCCUUCACAAGCUCGGCCUCCACAUACAUGUGGUCGUCAACCCGGCUUAUUCCGCUUCACAGGUCAGAAACGAUAGCGGUGACACCUUCUCGGUCAUGCAUGAAGGUCCCUGGAGGUACGUCUUGACGCCGGAGAAUGCUACAUUCACGGUCGAGGGCUUCGAGAGGCGUCUAAGAUAUCUCUUUGGAACAUACGGAGAGCACUGGGAUUCACGGUUUCCGCCUCGGGAUGGGUGA